UCAAAACGGCAGACCCCAAAGCAAGAUGGGCGCCCCAUCCUCGAAAAUCAUUCCAACAAAACAGAAAAUCUAAAAACAAAAACUUCUUCGCUCAAACACCGGGAAAAUCAACCCUCAAUCUAGGAGACCCCGGAAAAUAAGCCGGCCGUCAGCUUCAACAUCGAAUUUCACAUCGCAAAUACUAUCGGACGCAGAUACUAUACCCGGCAGGUUCCCUACAUUUGCAUGUUAUUUGUGUAACUAUAGUUCAGGGGCGGAUCCAGGAAUUAUAGUUAUUGGGGGCACUUUUUAAAAAAAUGUGGAUAAAAAAUUAGAUAACAAACACUUCCACCGUUUCGUUUUAGUUGCAAUGUUUCCAUUUUCACGUUUUCCAGAAAAUCGCCAUUAAUAUAUUUCAAUUUUUAUUAUUGAAAAAAUUAGGAAUUAGAAUUUGAAAAUAGAAAAUGAGAAGAAAUUAAUAAUAUUUUUCAAAAUUAAAAUUUUAAUACACCAAAAAAUAAAAUGUAGUCAAAGUAGACAUUUUAGUAAUAUAAAAUUCAACAUGUUGUAAUUAAAAAAGAACGAAAGUUGUAUAAAUUAAUUUCAAAAACCGGCAAAGUCAAUGAUAAUUCCAUUCAUUUACUCGUGUUUUGUACAUAUUACAGUGAACAACUAAUAAUCCAACCUUUUAGCAAUCUUUUUACAAUAGUCCCACCUUUUUGUUAUUCAAGAAUAAUCUAACCUUUGCACCCCAUCUUCAUUCGCUGGUCCCUGACCGGUUAAUGACCUGCUAUUCCAAGUUAUUUUCUUAUCUAUGCAAAAUAUUAUCUUUGUGAAAGGUUAGAUUUAUGGUAUAAUGGUUUGCAAAGAUAAGAAAAUAACUUGGAAUAGCGGGUCAUCAACCGAUCAGGCACCAGUGAAUGAAGAUGAGGUGCAAAAGUUGGAUUAUUUAUGAAUAACGAAAAGGUGGGACUAUUAUAAGAAGACCGCUAAAAUAUUUGAUUAUUAGUUUCCAUUUUCCCUUUAAAUUUCUUACGAUAAAAAAAACUUUUUAACUUUCUUCUUAAAAGUGAACAAAUUAAUUUUGGACGGUGAAUCUGUUGUGGAUACUGUUUUAACUGUCCAAGAGUAUGUCGAAUAGUUGGGGUUAGAUCAUAUCACUAAAUUAAAUAUUUUAAAAUUAUAAAUUAGAUGGGACAUCGGGGUGGGCUUGCCGAGUGUACUCCACAUUUGCUGCUUUGAACACCAAUUCUCUAUACUCCGUAUUUGAGUCCGUAUAAAUUAAUGGGGGCAUCAAGUUUUUGGAUUGGGGGCACUACCUUCGUUUGUUAAUAAUACAUAUUCAUAUUACACUAAAGUUAUGAAUUUUAUUGGGGGCAUGUGCCCCCAUUGAUUACAUGGUGAAUCCGUCCCUGCUAUAGUUCUGUACUUGUUCUCUUAUUUGAGCUAGCCUAUCAAGAUCUGUAGUUGCCCUUAUAGGAUUAGCAGUUUUAUGUUUAUGACGAGUAUUAUCUUCUACUGACCUGAUUUGUUCUGCAAAUUCUUCUCCAAAAGCCACCGCCUACCUGGAGAAGAAUAUAAUUGAUUCGCAUAUCAUUCUGUUUAGAUAUUCCAGGUAAAUGUAUAUAAUGGCCGAAUCUGCGAAUUUAUUUAUCUGAAUGAUAAAUGUUUGGUAGAAUCUAUUUCAGCCGAAUAAGAAUGUCAAAAGCUACUAAUUUUGCUGGUUGUAACCGUGAACAGAAUAAGCCCGAUAGGACUACCAAAGGGAGCCUUAAAAUUAUCACAUUAUCAAGUAUUGCCUCUGAUGAUGAAUAAAAUGAGUACACAUAACCUUUUCAGGAUAGAACAAGGUUAGAUGACACCAAUCAGAAAAGCAAGCAUUUAUUUAUUUAUGAGAGAAUCCAGUGACAAAACUUGCAUCAAAAGCUCUGAGAUAUGGAAUAUCUGGCCUUUAAGCAACCUUUGUUGCAAGCUAUUCUAAUCCUGCCAUGUUUUCUUGCAAUUUCUUUUCUUCUUCUUUUCCCCUCUCCUUUUGUGUAUCUUCUGAAUUUCAUACAUACCUUCUUCUGUUCUGCUACCUUUGCUUUUACAUCAAUGGCAGUGACUCAUGCCGAUCUUGCUCCCAGUCCUCCUAAAACUGACCUGGGCAGCAAAACAGGCCUUUUCGUCGUUGUUUUCUCCAUACUUUUAGGGCUGCUUUCCUUCAUUCUCUCCCUCUUUGCAGAAGCCACCCGUUCUGAGGCACUAUGGAUGGGAAGAAAGUGCACAUUUAGCGGCAAUGGAAAGGCUCCUCUAAUGAGUGUGGCUGGGGCUUUCUUCUCCCUGGCACUAGCCAUGCUGAUACAACAUACUUAUCUGUUGGUAGCUGUGAGUAAAAUUUCAGAGCCGUCAUCAGCUAACUGGGACCCGCAUUCUGAUUUUUUCAAGCGUCUCACCUGGCAAGCUGGUUUUUUCUUCGUUUCAAUGUGGUGUUCAUUUGCGGUUGGUGAGAUAUUGCUGCUAAUAGGACUAAGUGUAGAAUCUGGUCACCUAGAAAAGUGGAGAGAACCAAGGCCAAGCUGUAUCGUAAUUGGACAGGGAGUGUUCUCAGCUGCAGGAGUUUUCGGUCUUUUAACUGUCUUCAUGGCUGCCGGUCUGUACAUUGCAGUUUUGCGCUGGCAGAGGUUUUUGCAAGCCCAAGAAAACAUCGAUCGGAACGUUAUCGAGGCACCAGUCCUCUAUGCAUCGCCACCAAGGUCGCCACGGCAAAUAUUAAGACCUGUUGCAGAUGAGAGCCACAUUGCAAGACAUGAUAGAAAUGAUCAUCUUUUGUUGGGACAAUAUAUGACAGAGGUUGAAAAGUACUUGCAUCUUGUUUGAUUGAAGAGAAGAAGAAGAGAGCAUGCCAAAGGAAAUAGGGAUUGCGUAUAAUAUGGAAAUGUAAAUAACAAAGAGAUUGUUGUAUAUUUGUGAAUUCUAAACCACCUCACAUCUUUUUUAUUUAUCAAUGUAUCUUUAUAGUACUUCAUUUGAAAAGAAGUACAUCAUGUUUGGUUAUGUAAAUUUUAGCAAAAUAUAGCUUUAAUCACAGAAAAAUCUUAUCCCACCCAAAUCUUUCUAUGUUGCACAGAUAUCGCC